AUGGUGCUCCGGGUCACAAGGAACGCAAAAAUUAAUUUGGAAAAUAAGGCAAAGAUCAGCAUGGCAGGCGCAAAGCGCGUGCCUCUGGCCACGACUGCGGCCUCCAAGCCCGGGCUGAGGCCGAGAACAGCCCUCGGAGACAUUGGUAACAAAGUCAGCGAACAACCACAGGCCAAACUGCCUCUGAAAAAGGAAGCAAAAACUUUGGUUCCUGGAAAAGUUAUUGCUAAAAAAUUACCUAAACCUCUGGAGAAGGCACCCGAGCCUGUGCCAGAACCUCAGCCAGAACCUGAGCCCGUUAAAGAAGAAAAACUUUCGCCUGAGCCUAUUUUGGUUGAUACUCCCUCUCCAAGCCCAAUGGAAACAUCUGGAUGUGCCCCUGCAGAAGAAUAUCUGUGUCAGGCAUUCUCUGAUGUAAUUCUUGCAGUGAAUGAUGUGGAUGCCGAAGAUGGAGCUGAUCCAAACCUUUGUAGUGAAUAUGUGAAAGAUAUUUAUGCUUAUCUGAGACAACUUGAGGAAGAGCAAGCCAUCAGGCCAAAAUACCUACUGGGUCGUGAAGUCACUGGAAACAUGAGAGCUAUCCUUAUUGACUGGCUAGUACAGGUUCAGAUGAAGUUCAGGUUACUUCAGGAGACCAUAUACAUGACUGUUUCCAUUAUUGAUCGGUUCAUGCAGAAUAAUUGUGUGCCCAAGAAGAUGCUGCAGCUGGUUGGUGUCACUGCCAUGUUUAUUGCAAGCAAAUAUGAAGAAAUGUACCCUCCAGAAAUUGGUGACUUUGCCUUUGUGACUGACAACACUUAUACUAAGCACCAAAUCAGACAGAUGGAAAUGAAGAUUCUAAGAUCUUUAAAUUUUGGUCUGGGCCGCCCUCUACCCCUGCAUUUCCUUCGGAGAGCAUCUAAGAUCGGAGAGGUUGAUGUUGAGCAACAUACUUUGGCCAAAUACCUGAUGGAACUAACUAUGUUGGACUACGAUAUGGUGCACUUUCCUCCUUCUCAGAUUGCAGCAGGAGCUUUUUGCUUAGCAUUGAAAAUUCUUGAUAACGGUGAAUGGACACCAACUCUACAGCAUUAUCUAUCAUACACUGAAGAAUCCCUUCUAAGUGUUAUGCAACACCUAGCUAAGAAUAUAGUCAUAGUGAAUCGUGGACUUACAAAGCACAUGACCAUCAAGAACAAGUAUGCCACAUCUAAGCACGCGAAGAUCAGCACGCUGGCACAGCUAAAUUCUGCACUAGUUCAAGAUUUAGCCAAGGCUGUGGCAAAGGUGUAACUUGUAAACAUGAGUUGGAGUACUAUAAUAACUGCAAAUAAAAUUGGCACCAUGUGCCAUCU